AUGUUGGAAGGACAGUCUCUAUGCUUUCAUGCUCCUGACGCCUGGGAUCCUGCUUCCAAGUAUGCUCCAAUCUGGGUACGAGCUAUUGGAAACGACAAGCCUCCUGACGCCAUGCAAGGUGGAAAAUGUGGUCCAUACAUGAAUCCACCUGGCGCUCAUUUCGCAUAUGGAGGUCGAGAAGUCAUCAAAAAUGACUACGAAGGCCUCACUCUCGCCAAAAACACUCAAACCUUUUGUCGGUGGAGACGAAUCGCUCAAGGAAUCACCACCAUGAUGGAAAUGACGAAACAGGACGUCUUGAAACCUGCUUCUGGUGGAUAUGAAAAGGACGGUCGUCCAUUGUAUAUCGGUCAAGCUAUUUCUCAUUAUGCCUAUGGAGACAAGGAAUGGACAACUGACCGUUUCAGCUUCUUGGUUUUUGACACCUCCUUGCUUGAAACUGAAACUGCCACUCCCCAUCGCCAAUCUGAAAGUGGUAUUCCUCCUCGUCAAUUUGAAGGUGGUGCUCCUCCCCAUCAAUCUGAACGUGGUUAUGGUGCGAAUCCUCCUGGUCAAUCUGGUGGCUGGGGUGCCAAUCCUCCUCGUCCAGCUGAAGGUGGUUCUGGUAGUCUCUAUCCUCAUCCGACUGAAGGUGGUUAUGGUCGUGCUUUUCAUGGCCCAACUGAAGGUGGCUAUGGUGGAUUUGGAUACCCUCCUCGUCAAAGUGAAGGCGAUUAUGGUGGCCAUUCUCCUCGUUCAAAUGAAGGUCGCUUUGGUGAUUAUCCUCCUAGUUAUACUGAAGCUGGGCAUCAUCAUCAACACCAUCAAGAGGGUCAUUCUCAUCAUCAUCACACUCAAGGUUGUCUUCGUGAAUGGGCUGAAGGAAUUACCUAUGAGCCAGGUCAGGCAGGACAAGCACUCCACUAUCAAGCUCCCAAUGCAUCGAAUCCUUGGUCCAAACAUGCUCCACAUUUUGUACCUGCCACUGAAAAUAGCAUUCCACCUGACGCCAUUCAAGGAGGGAGUGAAGCUGGACAUCCACUCUACAUUGCUCGAGCUUUCAUUGAUGGUGGAGUUCAUCCUGGAAAAUGUGGUCCACACAUGCAUCCAACAGGCGCUCAUGUGGCAUAUGGUGGACACGAGACCAUCAAAAAUGACUAUGAAGUCCUCACCGUCGAUAAAAGCUCUCAACCCUUUUAUCGAUGGGAACGAAUCAGUCAAGGAAUCACCACCAUGAUUGAAAUGAAAGAUCAAGGCAUCUUGAAGCCUGUCACUGGCGGAUAUGAAAAGGAUGGUCGUGCAUUGUAUGUCUGUCAAGCCAUCCAUGAAGAUGACAAGGGGCAAAGUGUACAUCCUGGCAAGUGUGGCAUGCACAUGCCUGAAGGAGGUGAAAAAAGUAAUGUCUCGGCUGCUAGGAUACUUUAUUCAUCUACGCUCAUUUUAGCUCAUUAUGCAUUUGGAGGCAAAGAAAAAAUCACUGAACGUUUCGCCAUCUUGGUGCUUGACACCUCCAUUCGUGAUACUGAAAGUGCUCUUCCUGCACAAACUGGCCAUCCUCAACCUGCGUAUCAUCCAGGUGGGCUUCCUCGUGAAACAGAAGGUGAUUGUCCUCGUCCUAAGGGAUACGACGGAUAA